GAAGAAGGAAGAGAGAGUAUCCCUGAACACCCGUAUCUCUUUGAGACUGAUGUAGAGAUCUGGUUGAUUGGUAGUAGUUGCAAAAGUCCUGUUGAAAGAUUCUGGAAUGGAAACAAUAAGAUAUAUAUUUUGCAGAAAGCAAGACACAAUGAAGAAAGUGACCCCUUGGAAGAAUCAAAUGCAGAUGGUGCUACUUACGCCGCUGAGCUUUUGCUAAAGGAGAGUUCUGGACCAGUGGCUCUUCCUGUCAGAAGGGCAAAGCAGUUGAUUUCCUUAUAUACAAUGGUACAAAACCCAAACAUGACCCACUUGAAGAUAAGUGAACUGGUUGUACUUCCUCCCCUCUGGAUAAGGUGUGACGGUUCUGAUCCUGAACAUACUUGUUGGCUUGGAGCUGAGCCUCUCAAAGCUGGAAACAAAAUCACAGGGAUCAGUUUUUAUAUGGUGACAUGUGAUGGUCCUACAGCUGUUGAAACCUAUUUUGCAAACCUGGACAAGCUCAAAAUGGCACAUAAAAUGAAACAUCAUUCAUCUAUUGUGAUGACAAAAGGAUUUGCUCAGUAUGAACUUAUUAGAGAUGCUGCAAUAGAGGACACAAUUGUAGAAUCUGAAAGCAAUAUAUAUGUCGAUAUUACAUGGAAUGCUGUAGAUAAGAUUCUGGAGACGCCUCCACUAAUAUCAGCUGCCACAUUGAAUAUUACGCUGGAGUCUGGGAACCCCAGAAGUCCUGUACAUCAGCUAUAUAGAGAACUGCAGUUUCUCCUUGCUUUGGCCGAAGGUUUGAAGACAGGUGUGACUGAGUGGCCUGAGCCAUCAGAAUCUGAAUCAGCUGUUGAACUGGUCCAGGAAUUUCUGACUGAUUUAAAGAAGGAGCUGGAUGGAUAUUGUAUAUCUGGAAACAAGAAUGAACUGGAGAAAAUCAAAUGUGACACGGCUGCAGUGGACAGUUCAAUAAAAUCAAUCUACAGUGAGCGAGGAGACCUCGAUUUUGCUGAACAAUUAUGGUGCAAAAUGAGAAGUGUCAGUUCCUAUGAGGAGUUGAUAAAGUGUUUCACAUUGAUCAUAAAAUCCCUGGAACGUGGUGAGAUACAGCCCUGGAUUCAUCAAGGGAGUAGCAGUUUGUUAAGUAAAUUGAUUCAGCAGUCUUAUCAUGGAAAGAUAGAGGUCGUUUCCCUCAGUGGCAUCACUCCAAUUCAAAUGCUCUUGGAGAUUGGUUUGGAUAAGAUGAAGAAGGAUUAUGUCAGUUUUUUCAUAGGCCAGGAACUUGCAACAUUAACCUACUUGGAUUACUUCAUUUCCACAUCUGUAGAUCUACAAGAACAAGUUCAUCGUGUUCAAAAGCUUCACCAUAUGCUGGAAAUAAUGGUCAGCUGUACAGUCUUACUUCAGUUUAAACAUGAGAACCUCUUCCCUUUGACGCAAGUUUGCAUGAAGUAUUAUAAGGAAAACCCUCUGAACGAGAAGCAUGUGUUCCAACUGCCAAUCAGACCAGCUCUUAUCAAGAAGUUCUAUCAAAAUAGUCACCCAGAAAUAUGGAAGGUGGACAUAAGUAGUGGGCAUGGACCGAAGGAGGUUAAAACAACAUGGCAAGUUAGUACUAAUCCUCCUGGUGAACAUAUGACAUCAAACAAUACAGGUCUCUUUUCCGAUUCCACAGUUAAUGCAAGCAGUGAAGAAAGAAUGUAUUUUAUUACAGUGGCUGAGUGCAGUCAGGUGCAUUUCACAUAAAUGCAAGUUACUCUACAGGCAGGCCCUUGAAAGGUACAGUAAAGGGGAAAGCUCAGUAUUAUCUGUCCAGACACUAUAUUUAGAAAUACUCUGAUUUGAAGCACAGUACAUCUUACUUAUUUGCUUUAGUGUGCUUGAAGUGAUGUACACAUCCAUAAUUCAUCUGUAUGCAUCUAGUUUGUUUAUAAAUGUUGUGUGAUUAUGACUGUACAGUAUAAUUAUUUUGGAAAUAUAGUAGAUAUUUUUGUUCUUAUAUUUACAAACAUUCAAUAAAGUUCUGCGCUUUGGGG